AUGGGCUUCGGGCGAAAACAUGUCUCCAGGCUGGUGCCUGCGGACCAUAGGGUUUUAAUGCCCCUGCUACUCGCUGUCACUAUUGUCAAUUCGGCAACCCUCGGAUAUGAUUCGUCUGUCAUGAAUGGGUUGUUGAUCUUGCCCUCUUACUCAGAGUACUUCCAUCUCAACACCGCUACCGAGGGCCUCAACAAUGCUGCCAUGUGGAUAGGAGGCAUCUUUGGUGCCUUUCUCAUGCAGCCUGUCCCAGACUACUUUGGUCGUCGACGUGCCAUCUACGUCGCCUCAGCCAUCAGUGUUGUGGGCAUUAUCCUGCAGGCUGCCUCCCAGAAUGUGCCCAUGUUUGUCAUUGCGAGGUUUAUCGUCGGUGUCGGCUCUGCAAUUAGCAAUGGAGCUGCACCGACGCUGCUCGGUGAGCUGCUUCCGCCUCACCGACGUGCGCGCGUUCUGGGACUCUUCUUUUCCUGCUACUACGUUGGCAGCCUUGCUUCGGCCAUUGUUAAUUACGGCAGUCAGAACAUCCAGAGUACUUGGGCAUGGCGACUGCCUUCUCUACUUCAGUUCGUCCCCAGCGCGCUGGCUGUCCUCAUUGUUCCGUUUGUGCCAGAGUCUCCUCGCUGGCUGAUUGCACACGACCGGAACCAGGAGGCCCUAGAAGUGUUGAUUAUCAUGCAAGGCAAGGACAAUGUGGACUUACAGAAAGCAGAGGAGCAGCUACGCGACGUCAGGGCCACUAUUGUCCGUGAGGCGGCGGAGUAUACUCGCAAUCCAUGGAGAGAGAUUAUCGCAACCAAGGCAAACAGGCGGAGACUUGCAAUUCUUUGCAGCUUCGGUCCUAUGAUUAACAUGUUCGGCAACUUUAUCAUCUCCUUCUACCUGACAAAGAUACUCAGCCAAGCUGGCAUCACAAAUCCGGUCACCCAAACACAAGUACAGGUCAUCAUUAACUGCUGGUCUUUUGCUGUAGCCAUUUUUGGCAGUUUCAUGCUCGACGUCCUUGGUCGCAGAAUCCAGACGUUUAUCGGUGUCGGCGGUAUGACAGCAACGCUGCUGUUGAUCGGCGGUCUUAUCAAACGUUAUGGCGAGAGCACCAAUACCUCGGGAAUUUAUGGCACCAUUGCUGUCAUUUUUGUCUUUCAGGGCUUCUACGCCUUCUCCAUCACGCCCAUGACAAGUUUGUACCCAACAGAGGUGUCGCCCUUCAAGCUCCGUGCUACAGGCAUUGCUAUCUUCCGCAUGCUCGAUUCUGGAUUUGGCCUUCUCGCCUCCUUCGCCAUGGCCUAUGCUAUGGCUGAUCUGGGCUGGAAGUUUUAUUUCAUCAACGCAUCCUGGAACUUUGCGUUCCUCAUUAUUGCUUACUUUACCUUUGUUGAGACCAAGGGACUAGAGCUUGAAGAGAUUAACACCAGGUUUGAAGGCUCUGCGAUACUGAAUGGUGUCAUUGAGGAUACUGCCUCGCAAAAGACUGAUACUGGGAUCCGCAAGAACGAAAGUAUUACAGAUAAGGCGUAA